UUCUCCGCCCCCUGUAGUAGCUAUAAAAGUGUGUGUGUGACACACUGAUGGGACUUCACUCACAGAGAUCUCAUUAUAGGUGCACUGUGAGAACCCACAGGUUUCAACUUCUUCUCCUAAAAGGACAAAGAAAACAGCAGAAUGCGCGAGUGUAUCUCCAUCCACGUUGGCCAGGCCGGUGUCCAGAUGGGCAACACCUGCUGGGAGCUGUACUGCCUGGAGCAUGGCAUCCAGCCUGACGGCCACAUGCCCAGCGACAAGCCCUCUGGAGGCUAUGACGACUCCUUCACCACCUUCUUCAGCGAGACUGGCACCGGGAAGUACGUCCCCAGAGCCAUCUUUGUCGACCUGGAGCCGACUGUGAUUGAUGAGGUUCGUACAGGCACGUACCGCCAGCUUUUCCACCCUGAGCAGCUGAUCUCGGGGAAGGAGGACGCCGCCAACAACUACGCCCGUGGUCAUUACACUGUUGGAAAAGAGCACAUCGACUCCGUUCUCGACAGGAUCCGCAAACUGUCCGACCAGUGCACAGGGCUCCAAGGUUUCCUGGUCUUCCACUCCUUUGGAGGAGGAACCGGCUCAGGCUUCACCUCUCUGCUGAUGGAGCGCCUCUCGGUGGACUUUGGCAAGAAGUCAAAGCUAGAGUUUGCCAUCUACCCGGCCCCUCAGGUGUCCACGGCCGUGGUGGAGCCCUACAACUCCAUCCUGACCACCCACACCACCCUGGAGCACUCGGACUGCGCCUUCAUGGUGGACAACGAGGCCAUCUACGACAUCUGCCGCAGGAAUUUGGACAUCGAGCGUCCGUCUUACACCAACCUGAAUCGCCUAAUCAGCCAGAUCGUCUCCUCCAUCACUGCCUCCUUGCGCUUCGACGGCGCCCUGAAUGUGGACCUCACAGAGUUCCAGACCAACCUGGUGCCCUACCCUCGUAUCCACUUCCCCCUGGCCACCUACGCCCCUGUCAUUUCUGCAGAGAAGGCCUAUCAUGAGCAGCUCACUGUGGCUGAAAUCACCAACUCCUGCUUCGAGCCGGCCAAUCAGAUGGUGAAGUGCGACCCUCGUCACGGCAAGUACAUGGCCUGCUGCCUCCUGUACCGCGGAGACGUGGUGCCCAAAGAUGUCAACGUGGCGAUCAGCACCAUCAAGACGAAGCGCAGCAUCCAGUUUGUGGACUGGUGUCCCACAGGCUUCAAGGUGGGCAUCAACUACCAGCCUCCCACUGUGGUUCCUGGAGGAGACCUGGCCAAGGUGCAGAGGGCCGUGUGCAUGCUGAGCAACACCACCGCCAUCGCCGAGGCCUGGGCUCGACUGGACCACAAGUUCGACCUGAUGUACGCCAAGAGGGCCUUCGUCCACUGGUACGUGGGAGAGGGGAUGGAGGAGGGAGAGUUCUCUGAGGCCAGAGAGGACAUGGCCGCCCUGGAGAAGGAUUACGAAGAGGUCGGCAUCGACUCAUUUGAAGAGGAUGAAGAGGGAGAGGAGUAUUAAAAAAGAAAAGUUAAAGUAUUCACAGAUUGUAAUAGGUUUUAUCUACUCAAGAAGUGAUUUUAAUGUCCGGCAGUCACUGAGUUCAGUCUCCUCUAGAGACAGUCUGAGUGUUAAUUUGCAGUUUAACAACUGGUUUGCAGACGACUAAUAAACACUAAUGUCACUGCCAAGCAGCAGUUUGUCCAAGCUCAAUCCCAUGGUGUUUGGUUUUAUUUACAAAUGACUCUCCAGUGGGAGAGAAUAUAUCUUUACCUUCUUUUCUAAAUAAAGCCUUCUUGGUCAAAACCAUA